AUGUUUCUCAGCCUUUUGGCAAUUCUUCUCGCAGCACAGCUGGUGUCUGCCGACAACAUCACCGCUACAGUGAAUCUGGGCGUUUACAAAGGCCAGUCUGUACAUAGGGCGUCUGGGUUCAUCUAUGGAAUUCCCGAUACCCUCAACCAGAUCCCCGACAAUUGGUAUACUGAUAUUGGAUUCAACUACGGGCGCGCAGGAGGAGCGCAGCUUGAUACACCGGCCCGAGGCUGGAUCUGGGGUAUUGAUGAGUAUCAGGGCCGGUUCGAGUCUACGUUGUCCAAUUAUCAGACCUGUCGCAAGUAUGGCGCAUCCUUUAUUCUUCUCCCUCACGAUGUCUGGGGAACAGACCAUACAAACUCAUCGACAGUUUGGCCUGGUGACAAUGGAGAUUGGUCGGACUGGGACAAGUUUGUAAAGACACUGAUGAAGGAUCUUGAAGCAAACAAUGCUCUCGAAGGUCUUGUCUGGGACAUCUGGAAUGAGCCUGAUAUCAGUAUUUUCUGGAGGCGCAGCCAGCAGCAGUGGAUUGAUCUCUAUAUCCGCACCCACAAGCUUCUCCGGAAGAAUCCUAAGUAUGAUAUCGUUGAGAUUUCAGGUCCCUCUUUGGCAUUACGGCCCGUGUCUGGCAACACUUGGUGGACCGACUGGCUUGGUCAAAUCGCGGGCAAUGACACUGUUCCAGAACAGUACUCUUAUCAUCUGGAAGGCAGCUCAGAGGAGUGGGACAACGAUCUUCAAAACACCAAUGCGACACUUGCGGCUCUUUUGAAAACAUACAACCUGCCAGACCGCCAAAUCAACAUCAACGAAUACGCGAAUCACGGGGAGCAAGUCCCUGCCGGUGCAGCUUGGUGGAUCUCACGAUUGGAGCGCUACGAUGCAUUCGGGCUCCGUGGCAACUGGCUGAGCGGCUGGACGUUGCACGACCUCAUGGCCAAUCUUUUAACCAAGGUCUCUAACCCUUCGGAUUACAACGCUACCGACUAUGUCGCAGCCCCGGAGUUCCAAGUAUACAAAUACUAUAAUCUGAAUAUGACUGGGAGCCGAGUUGAGACUGUUGGUACCGGUGACCGUCUAUUCGAUGUGUAUGCGACUGUUGACUCGGACAAAGUGCGCAUUCUGUCGGGGACUCGUAUCACAUCCGGCAAUUGGCAGAUCACAGUGGACAAAAUGAGCGCCGUAGGUCUUCCAACCGAGGGCUCGGUGGAUAUACAGACCUGGGGAUUUGCAGGCAUGUCUAUCUACGAGGAGGUGGACGCACCUAGUGAUCGAGGGGUGGUCACUCACACAUACGCAGGCGAUACUUUGACGUUCCCUAUUUACCAGACCGAUGCCAGCACUGCAUGGGCAUUUGAGUUCAGUCGCUAG